UUGAAAAAAGUGCAAUCAUUGGUGAUUCUGCGAUGGACUCCGUGGAUAUAUCUUAUGAUGGUUUAGUUACUUGGAUACCAGGUGGAAUUUACAGUACUGCAUGCAAAGUGUCUGUGAAGUAUUACCCAUUCGAUGUUCAAACUUGUGAGCUAGUAUACUUCGCAUCAGACGAGAUCACUUCCACGGUGCAUCUAAACGGUCCAUCAACAAUUAUACUCAAUGAUUAUACGGACAACUCUGAAUGGAAACUUCUCGGUGUAGCUGUAUCAGUGACUGAAAAAUAUAAAACAUAUUAUGUAAAACUUCAGUGUAAGAUCCAAAGGCGUGCCGACUUUACUGUAUAUACUAUGGUUCUCCCCCUAACCACUCUUGCUAUAAUCAAUGUCUUUACGUUUCUUGUCCCAAUCGAGUCUGGAGAAAAAGGUUCCCUUGCAAUAACAUUGUUUCUUGCUUAUGGAUUUUUUGUUACUAUCACUAGAGAUGCGUUGCCUCAUAAUUCCCUCCAGGUUUCCUACUAUAUAAUCUACAUCACCAUCCUCCUGGCUCUUAGCAUGUUCACUGUCAUAUACGUCAUUCUUGAGGCUAAAAUAUACUCCAGGCUUGGAACAACUGAGUUUCGUAUUUGCAGGACAAGCAAGGUCAAAGCUAUACUAACGGAUAUUCAAAUUGAGAAAGAUACCAUGUCGCUGUCUAAAAUGGAAUCUUCCAAGGACACUGUCACAUGGGCCGAAAUGAUGAGUAAAUUAGAUAUUGUCUUUUGCUGCUCCAGUUUUGUUUUUGUUGUUUUAUUCAGUAGUGUUCUUUGGAGUGUCGUUUAUGUUGGAGAUUGAAAGGAAAACAUGUGUCCAACCCUUAGUACUAGUAUCUUUAUACGCUUAUAACACAGGGAGAAGGCAGAUAUUUUCUUAAGAACUCUUUUUGUGUGAAUUAUAAUUAAAUCACAUCAAACUGUAAAUAUUUAAUUAAGUUCUUAUAGUAUAUGUAUAUAUGUAUUCGAAAAAUUCAUUUUAGCUUCGAUGGUUCUUACGCAUCGUAUCAACUAUAGAGCUGUGGGGCAUAAUCCUUCUCUCUAAAGACGAAAAGGUUGUAGUCGCUAUAAGAGAAUUAGUCUUUCCGAGACAGGUAGAUGGCAUGAAAAAGGUUUCUCGCCGGUGUAAGGGAGCGUGGACGGUAACUUACACUUUCUAGUACCGUCCAUUACCAGGCUCAAUAAAAACCGAGUAUGCAACAUUUUCAUUUCAAUUUUACCGUGAUGGUCUUUCUUAAGGGAUUCUGUUUUUCCCUAUUUGAAAGAGAUUGGCAACAUUUGGCAAAAAUGCAAGUUGAAUCAAUAUUGUAAAAAGACAGUAUUAUUGUUUAUUCUAAGAUAAAAAUGUUUGUAAAAGAAGCACACGCUUUCAGGAAAGGGCGAUUCUGCAUGUAAGAUAUCUUUCAGCUGACACAAGAGGCAGUUGAAUGCUAAACAUUUCAAUGCUAAGAAACAUGCUCCAAACAUUUAGAAGAAGUACGGAAAUAUUUUUGUAACUGACAAACAUAUUUAUUUUGUAACGUUUUGUUUCCUAUUUGUCCGGUUUUCCUUAUAUGGUAUUGUUUACUGCGGAAAUAGCUUACAAAUAUUCUGACCAUUUACGAAUAUAUUCACUGCGAAUUUUACACUUUCAUGUAUAUAUCUGUAAUAAACCAUAGGGAUCUUAUACUAAAUAAAGGGUUUAAGAGACUACUCUCACUCGAAUGUUAAAUUUUGACCUGUUGAUUAUCUAGCAGUUAUGAACUUGAUAAUUUAUAUAAUGUUUUAUGUAAAAUAUGUUUGUGUAUAAUUAU